GGGGGCAGCUGACGUCCUUCCUCGCUCCAUACGUCGUCCUCGGCCCCGACACCCAAGCAUUCACCUGAGUCCGCGGAACGAUGGCCACUUUGACCGAAACCACCACUUCUACACUCACUGACGAACGUACGAUGGGCGGACAGCAAGCGAAUGGGGGCCAACAGACGAGCACUGCGUCGCAGGAGGCCGACAUGUCGACAUUGGUGAACGGCAUUCAGGAUUCGGAGGGACAGCUGCUAGGCUCUCAUGCCACCACGUCCGAUCUGUCCGAGCUGCUGCUCGUGUGCAAGACCGUGCUGCAGCAGGGUGUGGACCUGCUGGACAAGCAGCUGACGGAGGACGCGCAGCUCACGAUGAAUAGCAAGUUCUUGCCGGGGUCGACGAUCGGCAAGCACCUCCGCCACGCGCGCGACCACUUCGUCCUGUUGCUCAACACCGUUGGCGCUCCCGCCAACAACGACGUCUCCCCUCAACCCCCCGCGCAUGCCAUAGCGCCUACCUCCACCCCCAGCGCGGCACCCUACCAGUUCUCCUACGACGUGCGCGUGCGCAACACGCCGAUGGAGACAAGUCGCAAGUCCGCCCGCGAAGCGCUCCUGGCGACGGUGCAGCAGCUCGAGGCGGUGGUACCGCGCGCGAAGGCGGACGCGAUAAUGCAGUUAGACGCGAUCACACCUUAUAUGCAGUCGUUCCCGACAAGCUUUGGAAGGGAGCUGUGGUUCUGUGCGCUACAUGCCGUGCAUCACUGGUCGAUGGUGCGCGUGAUUGCGGGGGAGAUGGGUAUUCAGACGCCUUCGGACUUUGGGUUUGCGCCGUCGACAUUGGUGUACCAAAAUCGCGAGGCCCCGCUCGGGACCACGAAGGGGAAGAUGUGAGGGGGGAGGAGCGGCUCGUAGUUAUCCUUGUACCGUACGCUCAUCGCUGCAAAAUAAUCGCUGGUAGCCUGGCUAGCUGGAAGUAUGUCGCUACAGCCUAAUUUCGGACAGUCCACCAUACAGAACGGCCCGAACUCAAGGCGAGAACGUCCCUCUGCCAGAGCACAGCCCAUCUAGGGGGUGAGAGACAAGAGGGGGGUGCGCCCAGAGGGUCCUCCGUCGUCG